GCCUGGAAAUUUUCCUUCAAAAGCACAGCUUUUACACUGAAGCCUGCUGCCGCUUUGACAAAUUCCACCCUUUCAUGAUGUAGAUAGAUAUUUCUAGCAUUUUUAUUAAAAUAUUUGUAUUUGAUAAAAUAAUUACUAGAUUUGAUGAUGUACAGGCCGCUCUCGAGCGCUUUCGCGCUUCUUCCGCCUGGUGGUGCUGAGCUGCACACGGCAGCGCGUGAGCGGGAGUCCAUCCUCCGGUUGAACUUUUUCCUCCACAUUCGGUAAUCCGACACCGACACUAACCCCAAAAAGCAGAGGAUGGAUUCCCAACUUCAUUCGCAAAAAUAGCUCAGCAAGAGCAGACGAGAAAACACGACCGAGCAGAGGACGAACAUCUGAACGCCUCCGUUCGCGCGCAUCGAUCUGUGAAGUGUUUAAAUGUUAACUAAAAAGUUUUUAUCUAAAGAGGCGGAUGGGUGACGACCAUUCUCGGCGCUUCCAUGUGAGGAGACGAUGAAGAAUUACAGCAGCAGUCCCCGUCUAAAAAAUCACAGCACAGAUCGGAACAGCAGAAAGGGAUUCUGGUUAUCGGCUCUCGGGCUUCGCUUCUCCCUGCGCGAUUAUGCUUUCUGCAUGGCCACGCUGCUGCUCUUCUGUCUCGGCUCACUGUUUUACCAGCUGAACGGAGGACCCCCUAAAGUUCUGCUGGAGAUCAGGCAGUAUCUCGGAGAAUCCACUUUUGUUGACGACCACGGGCCUCCUACACCAAGGGAGCUGCCAUUCCCAAGUCAGGUGAUUUACAACAGGGUUGGCAAGUGUGGAAGUCGGACAGUUGUCCUGCUGCUGAGGAUUUUGGCAGAAAAGCACCAGUUUAACCUGGUGUCCUCUGACAUCCAUAACAAAACCAGACUCACAAAGCAUGAGCAGGUCAGUGGAUGGGUGGAUUUGAUGAGAAACAUUAGCACUAUUCCACAGCCUUUUCUGUACACCAGACAUGUUCACUAUCUCAAUUUCACAAGGUUUAGGAUAGAACAGCCUGUCUACAUAAACAUCAUCAGGGAUCCCAUUAACCGUUUCCUCUCCAAUUACUUUUUUCGUCGCUUUGGGGACUGGAGAGGAGAGCAGAAUCACUUGAUCCGCACACCCCAGAUGAAAGAUGACGAGAGAUAUUUGGACAUUAACGUUUGCAUCAUGGAGAACUACCCAGAGUGCUCCAACCCACGCCUCUUCUACAUUGUUCCAUACUUUUGUGGACAACACCCUCAGUGCAGAGAGCCUGGAGUUUGGGCUUUGGAGAGGGCCAAACGAAAUGUUAUAGAGAACUUCCUGCUUGUGGGGAUUCUGGAAGAGCUGGAGGAUGUAUUGCUCCUGCUGGAGAGACUCCUACCUCACUACUUUAGUGAUGUGCUAACCAUCUACAAGAGUCCUGCAUUCUGGAAGAUGGGGAACCUUACAGGCACAGUGAAGAAACACAUGCCGACUAUAGAGGCCCUGCAGGUGCUUUACCAAAGGAUGAAGUACGAGUACGACUUUUACAACUUCAUUCGUGACCAGUUCCAUCUUACCAAGAAGAAAAUCGGCCUCAAGUCCGCCUCCCAGAACUCAGCUCAUGAACCUGACUUCCUCCGUGAGCUUGCCCUUAGGACCCAUGAGCCUUUGGAAGAGGAGGAGGAAGAGGAAGAAGAGGAGGACAUGGGACAAGAGGAUGCAAACAUCUGGAUGGUUCAGCCCUGAGUAAUAGCCAUGGAGGUGUAGGCAUGGCAGAUAUCUCAUAAGCUUGAUGUCUAUGUCCAAUCAGGAGGUAGUCAACAUUCCCAGGUGAAAAUUGGGUGUGUAAUAGUGAUCCCCGUGUUUUUAACGGGACGGCCCUUCGAGACACUCUCAAGAGGAGCAAAAAAGGGUCUGAGUAGUUAUUUAAAGAACUAACAAUUAUGACGAAAUGAUUUUGUUCAUGUUUAUGAAAUUAAGCAGUUGGUUGUGGUCAUUUCCUGGUGAGAUGAUACACAAUUGGAAUUACAGGGAUGUUGCUGGAUUGUCAAAAUGGAGGGAAGAACUAAUUGUGGUAUAGCAAAAUGAGAUGCUGUGGAAGUCACCUGGAACCUGGGUGAACUCUGACUCAACCCACGCUUUCACACGCAAACACAUUCAGACUAUGUAAUAGAGGCAAGAUCUCAACAAAGUGCCAAACCUUCAAAGUGAAAAGGAUUACUGCGAGAUAUAGUUGUAAUCGCAGUAAACAACUCAAAACACCAGUCAGAUCUGAUCAUCUAAUCACUCACUUCCUCCUCUGGUUUUAGAAACCUGCUGCAACUCUGUGCCAGAACUUCAGUGCAAGUCUUUUUGAAAGCUUCUUAUUAUAUUGUACAUGCAAGGGGUUGUACAGUGAAUCAAACACUUUUGAAUGUCUGCAAGAUGUCAAAUGCAGCAAACUGUUUAUCUAAAAUGUUUAAUGUGGAUGUUUUGAUCUGUUGUGUUCAGUAUUUGCAUAAAAUCAGGCUCCUACGUUUCAUUUGGUACAUGGUGUUUCAAGCAGCUAUACAAUUUUGUCACAGUCUGUAUUGCUCAGCAGUGUAUACUGUGAAGCUACUGGGAUAUCAAACAAUACCCAGCUAGUUAUAUCUAAACAAUGUUCAGACAGCACAUAGGAAAACAAGUUUGACAACAGGACAAAAAAAAAAAAGAAUGAAUGAAUGAAUGAAUGAAUGUGAAAUUUUGUGGGAAUAUGAGUUUGUAAAUUGCGUUUUAAACCCAUUUAUAUUUCUAGAUCAUUAACAUGCUGCUUUGCAGAUCAACACCUAUUCCUGUAGUGUGUUCUAAUUAAAGAAUGGUCCACUUAUUUUCAUUACAGGUCAACCUCUUGGAGCAUUUUUCUGGUCAAGUGAAAUGAUUAAUACAUGAAUAAAUAGAUGCUAUAGCUACAAGCUCUCACAGAAUUUAACAUUUUCCUCUUAAACUUUUCAGUUAAGUAUAUACUUGUGUAUGUACUUGUUUUGUGUUCGAUGUGGAUUUUUAUAUUGUUUAAUUUAUUGUACAAUAUUUUGAUUAUUGCAUUCCAUCUCAGGAAUCUCAGGAAAAAACAGAGCAGAUAUAUUUUUGUUUUUUGACAUCUUAACAGCUGGCAAAUAUUAAAGCAUCUGAUACCUAAAGGUUACUUAAGGACAGCAGUGGCUAUUGUUUUGAAUACCAAAAUGGAAUGAAAAUGGCUAACAUUACAAAUUAACUGCACCUUUACUGGGAAAGCUCUCAAAAUAAAAGCAUUUUAACAGCA